ACUUAAAUGUAUAUUUUUUUACGGCAAGUAACAAUGAGUAUUUAUAUUAAAGUGAAGGAGUUCGCGCUCUUUUCGCAUUGGCUGAUAAGUAUUUUCAGUUACCAGUGACGAUACAAAUACGAGUGCCACGAUAUUCGCUGAUGGCUCGUCUUCUCAGUUUUUUGUUUUUUUUUUUUUGAAUGUAAAUAUCGUCCGUCUCUAACGAAAACGUAAAUGCGAAAGGCAGUGAAAAAUUUAAACGAAACAACAAAAAUUCUUUUAAAUUCAAUGGAGUAUUAACAUUUAAAGGUCAUUUCAUGUAAAUCAAGCAAAUCCAAAUAUCCCAAGCUAAAUUUUGCAAUAGCAAAAUAAUAUAAUUUACGUUCUAUAUAAACAAGCGUGCGAUAGUGCGUGGUAAUUGCGUAUUAAACAACAAACUGCAAACGCUGGCAAAAACUGAAGCCGAAAAAGAAAGAAGAAAACCCAAAAGGCAAAAAAUAAAACAGAACAGAAAAUAUUUUUGUGUAGUUCGCGAUUAGUUUCUUAUUACAUGGGUCUAACAGAUCAAGAUUGGAUUGGCUGUGCGGUCAGCCUGACCUGCGACGACGAGCUGGGCGUAUUCCAAGGAUUAAUUAAGAAAAUCUCAGCCGAAGAGAUAACCAUUGUGCGCGCCUUUCGCAACGGUGUUCCAUUGCGCAAACAGAACGCCGAAGUUGUGCUCCGCUGUGCCGACAUCAAGAGCAUAAACCUCAUUGAGCCAGUGAAGGAUGCUGAGACGACGACGCCGACUGUGAUUAAUAAGCCGACGCCUGUUAAAUUGCCGCAUUUUUCUAAUAUAUUGGGAAAGCAACAGCUGCAACAUCAACAACAACAACAACAACAACAACAGCAGCAGCAGCAGCAGCGAGAACAGGAGCUGCCUGUCCAUGGUAGAAAUGGUGCAGUAGCAGUAACGAGUGCUGGCAGCCAUUCAGCUUUGAGUGAUAAAAUGCAACAACUUAUGCUCAGCUCAAAUGGCAAUGCUGCAAAUGGAAUACGAAGAACACCGCAAAGCUCACGUGCUUCGAGUGCAAUGCAGCAGCUUGCAACGACGCCGAAUAGUGUUGCCGCCUUUUUUGGCAACAUGAUACCAGCCAAGGUAGAGGUGAAGCUGGGCAGCACGGCCUACAAUGGAGGAGGGACAGGUGGAGCUGGAGGUGGUGGGAGCAACUUGGAGAGCUACUGCAGCAGCAGUGCCGAUGGCAGUUGCGGCAGCGGCGAAGUAGCAGGCUGCAGCAGACCUAUUGAUAUUGUUAACAAUAGCAAUGGUCAAACUAAUGGCGGCUACUGCAGCCAAGGGGCAACCAGCUAUGGUAAUAGCAAACGUAAUGGCAAUGGUAAUGGCAACGGUAACGGCAGCUACAACUCCAGCUCUUACAAUGGCAAUGGCAAUGGUAAUCCAAAUAUGAAGAAACAACGCAAUCGAGUGCGUCGCGAAAGCAGUAUGCGAUUGCAGCAGCAGCAAACAUUUGGCAGCGAAGCUGAUGAUCCACUGCUGCACGAGGAAUUCGAUUUCGAAGGCAAUCUAGCGCUAUUUGACAAGCAAGCGAUUUGGGAUGACAUUGAGUCGACGCACCAGAAGCCAGAUGUAGUGCGUCAUGCGGUCCAUGUGCAGAAGCAAAAACAGCAGAAGAAGUAUCGUCACGAUGAGAACAUCUUGGCUAGUAAGCCGUUGCAGUUACGUCAAAUUGAGAGCAUUUUCGAUGGGAGCAAGGAUUUUGUUACGGACGAUGGACUCAUCAUACCGACUAUACCGGCCUAUGUGCGCAAUCGCAUAGAGUUAAGUGCCGAAAAGGCGGGCUUAUCGCUUCAGCGACAGAUAGAUAUUUUAGCACGUGGUGCCAGCGAUUUGGCCAUCACAUUACUCGGCGGUGCACGGCGUUUGACGCCCACUAACAAUCACCAAUGGCCGAAGAUUGCCAUCAUUUGCGAUGGCGUUAAUACCAUGAGAACAAUCAACAUUGGCGCUGUUACAGGUCGCCUUUUGGCCUCGCAUGGUCUAACUGUUCUACUUUAUGUGGAGAAUGCGCAACUUAUAGAAAAAAACAACAGCUUGGAGGUUGCUUUAUUUAAAGCUACUGACAACACCGUAGUACAUUCGGUGGACGCUAUGCCCACACCAGAUCUUGUGAUACUAUCGACAAAUACCGUUAAUCUAUCGGAUGCUAUAAAACAAUGGCUAAGCGUCAAUCGCGCCUCGGUGCUUGCUGUGGAUCCGCCACCAUGUGGCAUUAAGGAUGUGGCUAUCAAGUACUCAAUUUUGCCCAUUCUACCAUUGAGCCAUGAUUCUAGCACUUCGGCUGCUGCUGCAGCAGCAACGGCAACAGCAACAACUAAGACAACAACGAAUAAUUGUGGCAAAUUGUAUUUAUGUAAUUUAGGUAUACCAGAUAAAUUUUAUCGUGAUUGUGGCAUUAAGUACAAAAGUCCAUAUGGACAUAAAUAUGUGAUACCGAUUCACUCAAAGGACUGAAAACAAAAAAAAAUCAGAUAACAUAAAAACAAACAUACAAACACACAAACAACAAGAACAAC